UAUCGACCCUCUUAAGAUCCGAGUCAUCCGACAACACGUCAAAACUGAAGAAUACAGGAAAUUUCGCAUGGACAGUCUUCUCUCAGGAUCUGUUGUGAACAUCUUCUAUCAUAAAAGGCCAUCCUAAAUACUGUUUCGUUUAUCUUGGCUAGAGAUAUUUAUGCCAUAAGGGGGAAAGAUGGUGUUUUAACCAACCCAAAAAGAAAAAAGAGAGAGAGAAGAAAAAGGAAACUUAUAUUUCCUGUUUGAAGAUGGCUGCGAUUAGUUUGCUGGUCUCGGAUUUCAUAAUCUCUUUCAUGUGGGUAUGGUCAGGAACUCUGAUUAAGAUCUUUGUGUACAAGAUAUUGGGGCUGGGCCAUGAACCCAGCGGCGAGGUUAUCCAGUGCGUGCUGUCCAUCAUCAACAUGUUCUUCUUCGCGUUCUUGGGUAAGAUUACCGAAGGCGGGGCAUACAAUCCUCUCAACGUGUUGGCUAGUGCCAUUUCUGGGAAUUUCAGCAGCUUUCUCUUUGGCGUUGGUGCUAGAAUCCCAUCUCAGGUUAUUGGAUCGAUUACUGGGGUUAAGCUCAUUAUCGAGACCUUUCCUGAAAUAGGACUUGGGCCACGCUUAAAUAUUGACAUCCAUCGAGGUGCACUGACAGAAGGAUUCCUUGCAUUUGCAAUUGUUAUCAUCUCACUUGGUCUGGCCACAAAAAUCCCUGGAAGUUUCUUCAUGAAGACUUGGAUCUCAAGUGUCUCCAAGGUAACUCUUCAUAUACUCGGCUCUGAUCUGACUGGUGGAUGUAUGAACCCAGCCGCUGUGAUGGGAUGGGCUUAUGCUCGUGGGGAUCAUAUAACCAAGGAGCAUGUACUUGUAUACUGGCUUGCUCCGAUAGAGGCAACCCUACUGGCGGUGUGGAUAUUUAGGUUGUUAGUACGGCCAAUGAAAGAGGAGAAAGCAAACACGAAGAGUAAAUCAGAAUGAGAGUUCUUCUACAUGUUCUUCAAAAGCUUGGUUGGAUGAUCCAAUCAGCUAGCAUUUGAAUUGCUGAAAAAGGGUGAACUUGAACACCAUUAGACUUGAAGGAAUCAGUAUUUUUUGUAUAUAAAUUCCUUCAGGUCAUUAAUUUCUAAUUAUAUUUCAGGAGUAGAUUAACCAAUCUUUCCUCCCAACUCCCAAAUGUGCUUGCACAUAUUAUGUGCUGAUGAGUGAGAAGAUCACCCCAAAAUAAAUCCGAGCCUGAUUAGAUUUUGCAGCCUCAGUAGCAUCUUUAAUUACUGAAUGUGAUAGACAAUCAUGUAAAGAAUGUGAUGAAUGAAAUCGUAACCAUUCAUGUUACUUCCA